GCUGCGUUGGCCACGGAGCCGACGUGCGCCGGUAGCGUAGGGGCCGCCGCCAUCAUGGCCGCGGCCGGGAGCGAAGGGGCCCCGCCGCUGCCGGGGCUGCAGCUGGUGCAGCAGGGGGCCGAGGCGCGGCUCUACCGGGGACGCUUCCUGGGCCGAGCCGCCGUGGCCAAGCUCCGCUUCCCCAAGCGCUACCGGCACCCGGCGCUGGAGGAGCGGCUGAGCCGGCGGCGCACGGCGCAGGAGGCCCGCUCCUUGCUGCGCUGCCGCCGGGCAGGGAUAGCUGCACCAGUGGUUUACUUUGUGGAUUAUGUCUCCAACUGUAUAUAUCUUGAAGAUAUUGUAGGAGCAACUACAGUUCGGGAUUAUAUAACUUCUGUACAGCAAAGUGGAACGGAUGCUAGCAACCUCUUUCUUUUAGCAGAAAAGAUAGGUGAGGUUUUGGCACGAAUGCAUGAUGAGGAUCUUAUCCAUGGAGAUCUUACAACUUCCAACAUGCUUUUGCGAACACCAGUAGAAGAGCUGGAUCUGGUGCUCAUAGAUUUUGGACUGAGUUUUAUUUCUGGUCUUCCUGAGGAUAAAGGAGUUGAUUUGUAUGUUUUGGAGAAGGCCUUUCUGAGCACUCAUCCAAACACAGACGCUCUGUUUGAAGCCCUGCUGAAGAAGUACUCUGCUUCUUCUAAAAAAUCAAGUCCUGUGAUCAGAAAGCUGGAUGAAGUACGACUAAGGGGAAGAAAAAGAUCUAUGGUUGGAUAGAAGAGUUUGUGGGAGAGUAGGAUAGAUGCUAGGAUCUCCUGUGAUGUGGAGAUCUGCUCGUGUGUGUUAGGUUUUAUUUCAUAAUUCACCAUUUUGGUAAAUUUCAUUGUCUUAAAAGUGUACAAUAAACGAAUAUAAUCUAA